CCCAGCGUCGGCUUGCCUAUACAAACACUCGGUGUCAAAGUAUAGCCGGAGAGCUGCUUUGGAUGGGCUGCUGAGUGCUGCGCCGCCCGCCAUGAGACGCCGCCUGGGGAGGGUUCGUCAUGAGCCCCACCCUCCUGCUGGCCCGCUGCCGCCGACGUGGGAGUAGCUCCCGUGGACGCCGCUGUCGCCCUAGUGUUGCCAGGAAGGAGGCGGUGGGCGCGGACGUGGGCGGCGGGCAGCACGAGCAGCAGCACGAGCAGCAGCAGCCCGCCGGUCAGUACCAGACUCACCACCCACACCAGCAGCAGCAGCGGCGGCAGGCGUAUGAGGAGUACAAUGAAGGGGCGGCCGCUUACGGGCUGUACGGUUUGGAGGGCGUUGAGGAGGGCUACGCGUAGUAGGAGUCCACCACGGUACUUAAGAGAGGGAGUGACGUGACGCCAUACAAGUACUCUGGAUUGGGAAACGAUUUCCAAGCGUGGGGUUGCUUUGCCGCAAGGCCAGCAUACUGUUUGACCACUGAAUAUGGGGUGUCUGAGAUUGCGUUGUAUGUUAGUUGUUACAGGAAAGGACAACCCGGCAUGCAACCACGCAGGUUGUAAGGGCACAGAAGCCAUACCACCAUUGGUGUGGCCCCCUUGGUAUUGUACGUGGUAACGUGGCCGGCGUGGAGGCAGGCACCGCCCGUAAGAUUUGUACGGCUUCGGACUUCAGUUGCACGACGCCACACCGAGCCGCGGCAAGGUCUGUAAGCAAGGCACGUGAUGCUGUGCUGUAACGGGCCGUGGGGGUGCUGUGCGGUUUGUUGUCGUGAACAGCCACAUUGGCCGCUGCUGCCCCCCGCAAGCGCAAUAUUAACAGGUGGGACUCGUGUAACAAGAGGAUUGUCGCCUAGGUUGACAAGGGAGCGAGUCUCCCGUUACAGUCCUCCCCCCCUGGAAGCGAACGUCCUCGUGAGACCACCAGCGCAUCCGUAGAUGUUUUUAGGCUCACUGCAGGCGCGGGGUGGGUUUACUGCCUUUGGCCCAGUUGCGUUGUUGCCUCGCUCUCACGGGCCAUCCACCUCAGGGCAAGGAGGGUGUAACCCUCUUGUGCA